CCGGGGGGGGCGGGAAGCAGCGCCCCAGCGGAACAGCCACGUCCGAUUGGCCGCGCGCGGCAGCCGCCCGGUGAUUGGUGGAGGCGGAAGGAGGCGGGGCGCCGGGAGCUGUCUUUUCUUCCAGCUGGUACUUUCGUUUUUCUGCACAGAGUCUGCGGGGGACUCUGCCGCACCGGGGAAGACUCCCGUCAGGCCCCAGACCCAGCAGAGGCGAACCGGGUGCGGGAACCCGGGAAAGGCAGCACUGCUGCGCCUCCGCCCGCCGCUGCCCGACCCCGCGCGCAGAAAAAGUUUUCAUUUGCUUUGUGCCAUCCUUGGAGAGCUGUCUAGGUUAGACGCUCACACCCCGUGCAUACAAACUCAGCAGUCUUGGCACCUCACGUGUAUAGCUGCGGCUUAGGUUGGAUCCUUAGCCCCUCAGUGGGACACAAGGUGACAGGAUGUCCCAGUGGUAUGAACUUCAGCAGCUUGACUCCAAAUUCCUGGAGCAGGUUCACCAGCUCUAUGAUGACAGUUUUCCCAUGGAAAUCAGACAGUACCUGGCACAGUGGCUAGAAAAACAAGACUGGGAGCAUGCUGCUAAUGACGUUUCAUUUGCCACCAUCCGUUUUCAUGACCUCCUGUCACAGCUGGAUGAUCAGUAUAGUCGCUUUUCUUUGGAGAAUAAUUUUUUGUUGCAGCAUAACAUAAGGAAAAGCAAACGUAAUCUUCAGGAUAAUUUUCAGGAAGACCCAAUACAGAUGUCUAUGAUCAUCUGUAACUGUCUGAAGGAGGAAAGGAAGAUCCUGGAAAAUGCCCAGAGAUUCAAUCAGGCACAGUCGGGGAAUAUUCAGAGCACGGUGAUGUUAGACAAACAGAAGGAGCUUGACAGCAAAGUCAGAAACGUGAAGGAUAAAGUUAUGUGUAUAGAGCAUGAAAUCAAGACCCUAGAAGAUUUACAAGAUGAAUAUGAUUUUAAGUGCAAAACCUUGCAGAACAGAGAGCAUGAAACCAAUGGUGUGGCAAAGAAUGAUCAGAAACAAGAACAGAUGUUAAUCCAGAAGAUGUAUUUAAUGCUUGACAAUAAGAGAAAGGAAGUAGUUCACAAAAUAAUAGAGUUGUUGAAUGUCACAGAACUUACCCAGAAAGCCCUGAUUAAUGACGAGCUGGUGGAAUGGAAGCGGAGACAACAGAGUGCCUGUAUUGGGGGGCCCCCCAACGCUUGUCUUGAUCAGCUGCAGAACUGGUUCACCAUAGUUGCGGAGAGUCUGCAGCAGGUUCGUCAGCAGCUUAAAAAGCUGGAGGAAUUGGAACAGAAAUACACCUAUGAACACGACCCUAUCACAAAGAACAAGCAGGGGCUAUGGGACCGCACCUUCAACCUUUUCCAGCAGCUCAUUCAGAGCUCAUUUGUGGUGGAAAGACAACCUUGCAUGCCAACUCAUCCUCAGAGGCCGCUGGUCUUGAAGACUGGGGUCCAGUUCACCGUGAAGUUGAGACUGCUGGUGAAAUUGCAAGAGCUGAAUUAUAAUUUGAAAGUCAAAGUCUUAUUUGAUAAAGAUGUGAAUGAGAGAAAUACAGUAAAAGGAUUUAGAAAGUUCAACAUUUUGGGCACACAUACGAAAGUGAUGAACAUGGAGGAGUCCACCAAUGGAAGUCUGGCCGCAGAAUUCCGACACCUGCAACUGAAGGAACAGAAAAAUGCUGGCACCAGAACUAAUGAGGGCCCUCUUAUCGUUACUGAAGAGCUUCACUCCCUUAGUUUUGAGACCCAGUUGUGCCAGCCUGGUUUGGUCAUUGACCUCGAGACGACCUCUCUGCCUGUUGUGGUGAUCUCCAACGUCAGCCAGCUCCCGAGUGGUUGGGCCUCCAUCCUGUGGUACAACAUGCUGGUGACAGAGCCCCGGAACCUGUCCUUCUUCCUGAAACCACCAUGUGCACGAUGGUCCCAGCUCUCGGAAGUGCUCAGCUGGCAGUUUUCUUCUGUCACCAAAAGAGGUCUCAACGUGGACCAGCUCAGCAUGCUGGGAGAGAAACUACUCGGUCCUAAUGCUGGCCCCGAUGGUCUCAUUCCGUGGACAAGAUUCUGUAAAGAAAACAUAAAUGAUAAAAAUUUUCCUUUCUGGCUGUGGAUUGAAAGCAUCCUUGAACUCAUUAAAAAACACCUGCUCUCUCUCUGGAAUGAUGGGUGUAUCGUGGGCUUUAUCAGCAAGGAGCGGGAGCGCGCGCUUCUCAAGGACCAGCAGCCGGGGACGUUCCUGCUGCGCUUCAGCGAGAGCUGCCGGGAAGGGGCCAUCACGUUCACGUGGGUGGAGCGGUCCCAGAACGGAGGCGAACCUUACUUCCAUGCCGUUGAACCUUACACGAAAAAAGAACUUUCUGCAGUUACUUUCCCUGAUAUUAUUCGCAAUUACAAAGUCAUGGCUGCUGAAAAUAUUCCAGAGAAUCCCCUGAAGUAUCUGUAUCCGAAUAUUGAUAAAGACCAUGCCUUCGGGAAGUAUUACUCCAGGCCAAAGGAAGCCCCAGAACCAAUGGAACUCGAUGGCCCAAAAGGAACUGGAUACAUCAAGACUGAGUUGAUUUCUGUGUCUGAAGUCCACCCCUCUCGACUUCAGACCACAGACAACCUUCUCCCCAUGUCUCCUGACGAGUUUGACGAGGUGUCGCGGAUAGUGGGUUCUGUCGAGUUCGACAGUAUGAUGAAUGCAGUAUAGAGCAUGAAUUUUUCUCAUCUUCUUUGGCGACAUUUUUCCUUCCCAUCUGUGAUUCCCUCCUGCUACUCUGUUCCUUCACAUCCUGUGUUUCUAGGGAAAUGAAACAAAGACGAACAAAUUUGCUGCAACCUGUUGAUAGCAAGUGGAUUUUUCCCUAAUUCAGAAACGUCUGUUACUCUGAAGGGCUUCAUGCAUCUUAUGAAAGGUAAAAUUGAAAGGCCCUCUCCAUAGAGUGGGUUUUACAAAUGAACAAUAUCCAGAUACACUGAAAACAUCAGGGCUAAAAUGAGAAUCCUCGGGGAAGGGUGAGGAGUUGAGCGGCACUUAAAAUGCUGUGCACAAAGUCAGUGCCCAACUGUUACAGGCUGUUGGAUAGAUCACACAGUUAUUUAGGGAACUUCUUGAUGUAGGAUUGACAGAUUUCUAUUCUGGAGAAUUCUUAUUUGUUCCCUCUGCUUUAAAUAUGGCUGGAGGCUUUCCAUUGGUUUACCUGUGAAAUCGUUCAAAGCUAAGUAACGCAGAGUUACAUCAGCUGUUUAUCAAAGGUAGCCAUCCUGUAUCUGGGCAGGGGGUAAAAGUUGUGUUCUUUAUUUUACUACGUUUUCCACACUGGCCAUUUAAAGCUAAAAGCAAAUUCUCUCCCUUGGGAGAAUUAGCUUUUCUGUUUGUUAUGGCUUUGUGAUACUGGCUAAUAUCAGUGGAAGGAAAUACAUUUUCCAGACUCUUGAGUAGUUUUUGUCUGUUUAAACCUUAGUAUCCAAAGCUGAAUAUAUUCCGCCUUCAUCCUGGUCACUAGUAAAUGAAAUUAUCUUCACAUCUCUGUCAAGGGAACCAACUCUCUCAAGACAAAAAUCCUGUUACUCUUCAAAAAGUUGUAGUUAACUGUAGAUGUAGACCAAAUCUAGAAAUUUAAUUCGUGUUUCUUAAAUGGGUUAAUGUGUCUUUAUUGUUAUUAGCUGGUAGUCUUAGUCAUAAAAUUUUCAAAUUGAGAAGAAAAAAUAGUGACUGACAAGUAAUUAACCAGAGAUCAUAUGAGAAUCAAACAAUUUGAAAACUCGUCCUGUGUAACUGCAUUGAGAAUUGCAUGUUUUUCACUGAUAAAUGUGUGUUUCGGACAAAUACAUUUGCAAAUGGUUCCAUUA